ACUGGCCGUACGCUCUCUCGACCGUCGAUACCAGGCCUAGCAGUCUCCUUCGAGGAUGCACGGCGUUGCGGACACCAUGGGAGCCGUUCGCGGCCGCAUAUUCGAGGUCUCCUUCGACGAAUACGUCGGGACUGUCAACGGGCUCUUCAAUUUCUUGGAGAUCCUGGGCGGCAUGGUGGUGUACUUCAUGCUGUCCACACCGGAGACGAAAGCGCAGGGAUGCCUGAGGGGUACUGCGUACACCUUCUUCUUCAACGGCAUCUUCAUGCUCGUCUCGAGCUUCCUGAGCGCCACUUCGUCCUACUACCUGCCCACUAUCUUCUACUACGUGCUUUUCAACGGGACGGGCUCACUUAUGUACAUCUUCUCGAGCAUCGGUGUGGUCAGAGAAACGAACGAAGUCGGCGGGCCUCCAGUUGUUGGUCUAAUGGUCGGAGGCAUCCACGCCUUUCACUGCGCCUACUCGACGUACAAAAACUACUACGACUGA